AUGCCAGUGAAAUGUUGUUUCCACAGGUCAACCCCUAGGGAAACAAUGGCAUGGUCUGAGUCGGUGGAUACACUACUAGCAAAUAAAGAUGGCUUGGCUGCCUUUAGAACUUUCCUGAAGUCCGAGUUCAGUGAGGAGAACAUUGACUUCUGGAUGGCCUGUGAGGACUUCAAGAAAACUAAGUCUUCUGCUAAAAUUGCCUCAAAAGCCCAAAAGAUUUAUUCAGAAUUUAUCCAAGCUGAUGCUCCAAGGGAGAUUAAUAUUGACUUCACUACCAGAGACCACAUCUCUCAGAAUAUCUCGGAACCAACCCUGAAAUGUUUUGAUGAUGCUCAGAGACUAAUCUAUAGUCUCAUGGCCAAGGACUCUUUCCCUAGGUUUCUAAGGUCAGACGUUUAUAAGGAACUGGUACAUAAGCAACAGAAUGGAAACCAGAAAAGAUGGCUCCCAUUUUUGUGA